AUGUCAGCCUCAGUCUCGCCCCCAACACACCGCCAACACCAGAACCAGCCUCAUACAGCCAAUUCCACUUCUUCUUCAGGCCCCUCCCUGCCCCUCCUCGCCGCAGCGCCCCUCCUCUCCACCUUCACCUCGUUCCUCACCAUCGCCAUCCACUCUCUGCUCUACCACCGCAACCUCUACCCACCAACAUCCUUCCUCACCGCCCGCGCCUUCAACCUCGCCGUCCACCAAUCCCGCCACCCGGCCGUCUGCUCCUGGAUCAACGACGCCGUGUCCGCAAUUUCCAACCAGCUCAACGCCGGCACCGCCAGGCGCAUCGUCUUUGUCGUGCACAGCAGCGAUAGCAGCAAAGUCCGUGAACGAUGGGUCUUUGACGUGGAGCGCUUUCCAGCCUGGAACCUCAAAAAUGAAGCCUCAGCGGAGUCAGACGCACCGACUUCGCAUCAGCAGCAGGACAAUGACCUAGACAACGAUUCCGAAGAGGGUGAAGACGAAGAAACCGCCGCCGAGGUGCAAGACGCGGUUAACUGGGCCGAUAUCCAUGAAGCCCUCAGAGGGGCCCUUCAGAGACUGGCCUAUGCCGCGCAGGCCGCCGAGAAGUUACCGCCAGGAUGCACAUUCACAUUAGCCCUGGAGCUGAGAGACGAGGCUGAAGCUCCCAUAGGUCACCCCCAACCAUGGAUCCCCUCAGAGCCCAACCUCCAGCCCCCUACCAAACAGAAACCCCACCAAGGCGAGUCUCUCAAAGGCAUCGCCACGAAGCCCGUCCGCUCCGUGAGGGCAGAUCCGCUCUUCUUCGAGUGCUGGCUCGAGCAGGGCUCGCCGGAGCCGGAAGUUGUAAAUAAUUCUAAUACUAGCAGUGGUGGUAUUGUAACGGGCACCUCAUCUGGGAGCAUCCCCUGA